CACAUUAAAUAACUUCUCUCUACUUAUUCCAGAAGCAAAAGGAGCAACCACCCAAAAAAAAAAAAAAAAAACCAAAAGAGAAAGAGGACUUGAGAUAUUUUCUGGGUUUUUUCUUUCUUCCGACAUUUUAAUUUGUUAGCUAUUGCAAUCCAUCAAGAACACCGCCAACAAUGAGCUACUACAACCAGCAGCAGCCCCCAGUUGGCGUUCCUCCACCUCAAGGUUAUCCACCGGAAGGAUAUCCCAAAGACGCUUAUCCGCCGCCGGGGUAUCCACAGCAGGGAUACCCUCCACCUCAGGGGUACCCCCAAGGGUACCCUCCUCCCUACGCCCCUCGGUACGCCCAGCCUCCCCCUCAACAACAGAACAACACCAAUGGCCUCAUGGAGGGCUGUUUGGCUGCUCUGUGUUGUUGCUGUCUGCUAGAGGCUUGCUUUUGAAUGGAGUUUUGGAUCAAAACUACGAAGUGAAUCUGAAGUCCAUUUAUUUGGAUUGUGAACAAUAUUUGAUUCCCUGAUUUGGGCUGUCAAAUUUUUCUAUCUGUUACAUUGUGUAGUUUUUGUUUUUACCUUUUGGAUUGUGAACAAAAUUUAAUUCUCUGAUUUUCAUAAAUAAUAUGAACUUGUGCUUGAAAUGUUA